AUGGCGGAUGGUCAAACUGCAGACCCACCAAUUGUGCAGGGUGAAGCAAAAUUGCCCGGCGAAACAUUACGAACCAUCUUGCUCAAUGGAGCAAAGGAGCUAAAGCUCAUCUCAGACAAUGUGUUGGGAUAUGAGUCGUCUUUUCACAAACCCCACUAUCCACGACCACCGAAAGCUGUGGCGGGGCAAAAGAUCGGAAAACUCCAGCUCAAAGAUCCGAGCCGUGGAUGCCAAUACCCUCAGCUUCGGUAUCGUGCCCAGGAAUUUUCUCUACGGAAAAGACGGCUGGCCUUGAAAAUCGGUUACUCAAGCCUCGAAGCGACUUUUACUGCGCUGAUUCCUACACGACACGACUCGGCCGCAAAAACGAUGGAAGCCGACAUCAGAGCUGUGCUUCCAAAUAUCGACCCAGUGGUCUCAGACUACUCUGUCGGUUACCUGACGCACGCUUCAACCGCCUGGACCGACGAUGAUGACGCAUCUGGUCUGUCGCCCCUAAGCGAAGCCGCCGCUGCCAUCACCGAACUUCUGCUCUCCGCCUCUGGCGAUUUCACCCCCUCUGCCGAAGAAAAGGUCAAGCAACUCGUGGAGAAAUGGGUCGACAAGUACGCCGAAGCAAAUGGAGGGCUGCGGACCGGUCCUUCAAUUGUGAAGAGGUUAGACCAGACUAUUCAGGUCAGCACACAGCGCAACAUGUCGUCAACGCUCGCCGUAGCCACCGGUGGUGUUGAUCUGGAGCAAGCCAAUGCGAGAAAAGUCGAGUCCAAGGUCGAUCGCAAGAAGCUUGAAAAGGCGGAGCGCAAAAUCGCCGCCAAGCAACAAAAGAAGACCUUCAAGGUUGUCGAGUAUGAGGCGUCGAGACUGCUGGACCAACCCGAGGAUACGCAAUCGUACGAAGAAUUUUACAUGGCUGUCAAUCCACUCCAAAUCGGCAGCUCUAGCUCAAACAAGACAAAAGACGUCAAACUUGACAAUAUCGAUGUGUCGAUUGGCGGAAAUAGAAUUCUUUCGGAUACUACCCUUACGCUCGCAUAUGGCCAUCGGUAUGGUUUGGUUGGUAACAACGGUGUGGGUAAAUCCACACUGUUGCGAGCACUGUCCAGGAGAGAAGUCGCUAUUCCUACACAUAUUUCCAUUUUGCACGUGGAACAAGAAAUUACUGGAGAUGAUACCCCUGCCUUACAAGCAGUUCUUGACGCAGAUGUUUGGCGCAAGGUUCUGCUCAGAGAGCAAGACGAGCUCGUUGCUAGUUUGGCUGAUCUGGAGGCUCGCCGAGCCCCUCUAGCCGACACUUCCGCCGAUGCCGCGAAGCUUGACCACGAAAAGGAAGCCAAAGAUGGAAAACUUGGAGAUAUUCAAGCCAAAUUGGCCGAAAUGGAAUCCGACAAGGCAGAAUCAAGGGCAGCCAGUAUUCUGGCAGGUCUUGGCUUCUCACCCGAGAGACAACAAUUCGCUACCAAAACAUUCUCUGGUGGUUGGAGAAUGCGUUUGGCGCUCGCUCGUGCCCUGUUUUGCGAACCUGAUCUGUUGUUGCUCGACGAACCGUCAAACAUGUUGGACGUCCCGUCCAUUACUUUCCUCUCCAACUAUCUGCAAGGGUAUCCUAGCACAGUGCUUGUCGUUUCUCACGACAGAGCAUUCUUGAACGAGGUUGCCACAGAUAUCAUCCACCAACACUCCGAACGACUCGACUACUACCGCGGUGCCAACUUUGACUCCUUCUACGCCACUCGUGAAGAGAGAAAGAAGGUUGCCAAGAAGGAGUACGAGAACCAAAUGGCACAGAGAGCUCAUCUCCAAGCCUUCAUUGACAAGUUCCGUUACAAUGCCGCAAAAUCCUCCGAGGCCCAAUCCCGCAUCAAAAAGCUGGAGAAGAUGCCUGUCCUCACACCACCAGAAUCAGAGUACAGCGUCAAAUUUACCUUUCCCGAUGUUGAGAAGCUAUCACCCCCUAUCAUCCAAAUGUCCGAGGUCGACUUUGGAUACACACAAGAUAAGCCGCUGCUACGAAACGUGGACCUGGAUGUUCAAUUAGACUCUCGUAUCGGUAUCGUCGGACCCAACGGUGCUGGUAAGACGACGGUUCUCAAACUCCUGAUUGGCAAGUUGGCAGUAUCAAAGGGCAUCGUCACGGCCCACCCGCGUCUUCGCAUCGGAUUCUUUGCCCAGCACCACGUCGAUGCGUUAGACUUGACUCUCAGCGCCGUCAGCUUCAUGUCCAAAACGUAUCCCGGAAGGACGGACGAGGAAUACCGAAGACAGCUGGGAGCAUUCGGUAUCACCGGCACAACAGGUUUACAAAAGAUGGCUCUGCUAUCUGGUGGUCAAAAGUCAAGAGUGGCAUUUGCUUGUUUGGCCCUGACGAACCCUCAUAUUCUCGUGCUUGACGAACCGUCUAAUCAUCUUGAUAUUGAAGCGAUGGACGCCCUUGCGGAAGCCCUGCAGGCUUUCCAGGGUGGUGUACUGAUGGUGUCUCACGAUGUUACCAUGUUGCAGAUGGUGUGUACGUCGUUGUGGGUGUGUGAUAAGGGGACGGUUGAGAAGUUCGAUGGUGAUGUACAGGCUUAUAAGAAGAAGAUUUCAGCACAGGCGGAUGCGGCUGGCGUUGUUAAGGCUCAUUAG